GCUUCCGACAUCGCCGCGCUUAUCGGAUCUGAUCUGAUAGGCGACGGCGAUGUCGCUGUUUCUGACGUGUCCACGCCGGACUCCGCCGGAGAGGGCGAUCUCAUCUUCCUGGCGGGCAAGGCGCCGCCGGAAACACCGCCCAUGGCCGGAGUGGCGAUCGUGCCGGACGCCAGCUGGGCGGAGGCGCUGCCCCAUUGUCAGGCUGUCCUUGUGCACCGGGUGACCCGCGCUGGAUUCGCCAAGGCCGCAGCCCGCCUUCUGGCGCCCCGGUUUCAUGACGGCCCGGACUUCAUCCAUCCGACAGCGACCAUCGCAAACAGCGCGCGUCUCGCGCCCGGCGUCAUCGUCGGUCCCGAUGCGGUGAUCGGCGAGAACGCCCGCAUCGAGGCCGGCGCCAUCAUCGGUCCGGGCGUGGUCAUCGGAGAUCACGCCCGAAUUGGCGUGCGCGCGAAUGUCCAGUGCGCCCUGGUCGGCGCGCGCUGCGAGAUUUCCGCCGGGGCGGUUGUGGGCGAAGCGGGCUUUGGUCUGGCCUAUGAGAAUGGCGAGGUCUUCACCUUGCCGCAUCUCGGUCGCGUGAUCAUCGAGGAUGAGGCGACGCUCGGCGCGAAUGCGACCGUGGAUCGCGGCAUGCUCAAGGACACCCGCAUCGGCAAGGGCGCGCGCAUCGAUAAUCUGUGCCAUAUCGCGCAUAAUGUGGAUGUGGGCGAGUAUGCUGUCAUGGCUGCUUUCGCCGGCAUUUCAGGCAGCACGGUCAUUGGCGCCGGCGCCCAGUUUGGCGGUCGGGUCGGCGUGGCGGACCACCUGAAGAUCGGGCAGGGCGCCCGCCUUGCGGCGGACGCGGCCGUCAUGAAGGACGUGCCCGCAGGUGAGACCUGGGCGGGUUCGCCGGCCCAGCCGAUUCAGAGUUUCAUGCGCGAAACGACCGCGAUCGGGCCCGACGAAAUCCUGCGCCGCUUGCCGCACCGCUAUCCCUUUCUGCUGGUGGACCGCGCUGAGCGCUAUGUGCCAGGCGAGUCCAUUGUCGGUUUCAAAUGCGUGUCUGCCGCCGAGCCGCAUUUUCAGGGGCAUUUUCCUGAAAACCCGGUGAUGCCGGGCGUCCUGAUCAUCGAGGCGAUGGCCCAGACCGGCGCGAUCCUGAUGUCCAAGACGCUUGAUGCGGAUAUUUCCAAUACGCUGAUCUAUUUCAUGGGUGUGGAGCAGGCGAAGUUCCGGCGCCCCGUGCGCCCUGGCGACGUGCUUGAAAUGCCGGUCGAAGUCACCGCCAAUCGCCGCGGCGUUUUCAAGUUCAAGGGCGAGGCGCGCGUGAAUGGCGUGAGAUGCGCGGACGCGACCUUCUCGGCCACGUCUGCGCCGCGCGAAGCCUGCGUCGAGAUCGGUCCGUAUUGCGUUGUCGGUCCGAACGUUCAGAUCGGAGACCGCACGCGACUGCAUUCCCAUGUCAGCCUGAACGGCAAUCUGGAAGUUGGCGCGGAUUGCAAGAUCCACCCCUUUGUCGCACUUGGCGAGCCGCCCCAGGACUUCAAGUUCAAGGGCGGCGAUGUGCGUCUGAUCAUCGGUGACAACAACACCCUGCGCGAGCACGUGACCAUGCAUAUGGGCACGGAAGGCGCGAAGGGGAUCACCAAGGUCGGUUCAAACAACUUCUUCAUGGUCGGCGCGCACGUCGCCCAUGACUGCACCGUCGGCAACCAUGUUGUGUUCGCCAACAACGCCACGCUGGGCGGGGAUUCCUCGGUCGCCGACUAUGUGAUCAUGGGCGGCCUCUCGGCGCUGCACCAGCAGUGCCGGAUCGGCAAAUACGCCUUCAUCGGCGGCGGAGCGCCGGUGACAGGCGAUGUCAUCCCCUAUGGCAUGGUGGACAAUCUGGGCGCGCUGGCCGGGCUGAACCUUGUGGGUCUCAAGCGCCGCGGCUUCUCGCGGGACGCCAUCCACGAUCUGCGCGCCGCCUAUCGUCUGGUCUUCGCCAAUGAAGGCGCGUUCCACGAACGGGUCGAGGAUGCGGCGCGACUGUUCGAGAACCGGGCGCUAGGUGUGGCGGUCUACCAGCGUCUCGGGCUGAUCGCCGGGGGCGGGGAUCUGCCCGUCUACGUGGCGCGUGCGGCGCAGACAGGCGAUCGACUGGCCUGCGUGAUCGCUCUCAAGGGGUUCGCCGAUCCCACGCGCUAUGACAGCCCGGUCAUUCGCGGCAUCGCCCAGCUGGGACAGGUGGUGAAGGAUCUGCGUCAGGCCGAUUGCGACGCCGUCUGCUUUGCCGGCAUUGUGACGCGGCCGGAUUUCUCGGCGCUGAAACCCGAUCUCAAGGGCAUGGCCUUCCUGCCUCAGGCGCUGGCAGCAGCGGCGCGUGGCGAUGACGCUCUGUUGAGGGUGAUCGUGGGCUUCUUUGAAAAAGAGGGUUUCACGGUGAUUGGCGCCAAUGACAUCGCAGACGAGCUUCUGGUGGAGCCCGGGCUGAUCGGCUCGAUCAGACCUGACGCCAUUGCCGAGGCUGAUGCCAAGAAGGCGUUGCAUGUCGCGGGCGUUACGGGCGCUGAGGAUAUCGGGCAAGGGGCCGUGGUCUGCAAGGGGCUGGUGCUGGCCGUUGAGGCGCAGGAAGGCACCGAUCAGAUGCUGGCCCGGGUCGCACGCCUGCCGGCCGAAUUGCGGGGCGAUGAGCUCAACCGCUCGGGAGUACUCGCCAAGCGACCCAAGCCGGGUCAGGAGCGCCGCAUUGAUCUGCCGGUCAUCGGCGUGUCGACCGUGCAGGGCGCGGCCAGGGCCGGGCUGGCCGGCAUCGUGAUCCCGGCGGGCGGCGCAAUGGUGCUGGGCCGCGCAGCGGUCGGUCAGGCGGCUGACGCGGCGGGCCUGGCGCGGAUGACGCAAACGCCUGAAACCCCAUCAGAUCUGGCGAGAGCACCGCGGAUCUUCCUCGUCGCUGCAGAGCCAUCCGGUGAUGCGCUCGCGGGCGAUCUCAUGGACGCGCUGCGCGCGCUUCGACCGGAUGUGGAAAUCGCAGGAGUCGGAGGCCCGGAAAUGGCCAGACGCGGCGCACUCUCGCCCUUUGAUAUUUCAGAGCUUUCGGUCUUUGGCCUGUUUGAUGGGCUGAAGAUCAUCAACCUCGUUCAUCAACGCGCGCAGGAAACCGCAGACGCCGCAAAAGCCUUUAAGGCCGACGCCGUCAUUCUCAUCGAUUCCUGGGGGUUCAUGCUACGCGCGGCCUGGAAACUGCGUGAGGUCCUGCCUGACACGCCGCUGAUCAAGUACGUCGCGCCGCAGGUCUUCGCCGCCCGACGGGAGCGCGCCAAGGUGGCGGCUGACACCUUUGAUCAUUUGCUGGCGAUCCAUCCCUUUGACGCGCCCUAUUUCACCGAGCACGGCAUGGAUGUGACCUUUGUGGGCAAUCCGGCGCUGGAGCGCGAUCUCAGCGGUGACGGGCCCGCCUUCCGGGCGCGCCAUGGGGUUGCAGAGACGGAUCCGCUUCUUCUCAUUCUCUUUGGCAGCCGCAAGUCCGAGCUCACGCGUCUGUUCCCGCGCUUCGCCGACGCGGUGAAACGACUGAAAGCCGACCGCCCGGGCCUGAAAUUCGUCACCCCGCUCGCAUCCUCCAUCGCGGCUCAGGCGCAGGAGAUGAUUGCAGCGGAGACGGCCUUUGCGGAUCUGAUCGUGGUCGAGAGUGAUGAGCGGCGAGACGCCUUCCAUGCCGCCGAUGCGGCGCUGGCCUGCUCGGGCACCGUAACGCUGGAACUGGCGAGGUUGGGCGUGCCGACCGUGGCGGCCUACCGGCUGGGCUGGCUCGCCUGGGCGGCGGCGCGGUUCUUCCUGAUGAAAUCGAAAUACAUUUCGCUCGCCAAUAUUGCGGCGGAUGAAAUGCUGAUCCCCGAACAUGUCCAGACCCGGUGCCGCGGGGACGUGCUGGCGCAAAGCGUCGGCGAGUUGCUGGAUGACGCUGGACGCCGGGCCGAUGUGUCCAAACGGUUGCGUGAGGUCACCGAGCACAUGCGCGGCGCUGGCGGCUCGCCUUCGGCCAACGCCGCUCAAGCGAUACUGGGCCUCGAGGAAGUCAUGUCAGUACGCGGUCCCUUGCACGCCUUUCAUAUCGCUGAUGCGGAUGAUGAUCCGCAAAAGGCGAAGAACUGGGCGUCAGUGUCCAAGCGCCGGACGCUGGUCAUUUGCAUCAUGGUGUUGAUGGGGGUGAUCGCGCUUGCGCUUGGCGUGGUGCUCGACGGCGUCGCCGGAGUGCUGACAGAGGGUGAGGGCCUGACGACCUCUGUCACCACCCUGUCGCCGCUAUUGUUCGUCUUCGUGUUUCUCGCGAUGCGGCUUGAUCGCAACCUGUUUCUGGCGAGCCGCCCGGCCUUUUCCUUGCCCGGUGAACCCCAUGACGAACGUCAGCAGGCUUUGGUGAGCAUGGCCACGCGACGGGGCUUGAAGCUGGCCCUCAUCGUGCUCGUGCUGAUCACGGCCGUGGGUGUGAGCCCGCUGCCGGCCGCUUACGUCCUGUCCGUGGGGGUUGUCGGCGUCUCGCUCGUUAUCGCCGGGCCGCAACUGAUCCUGGCCUGGGCCUUGCGCCCGUCCGACUUUGACUUUGACGGUCUGGAGGACGAGGACAGUGAUGGCUGA